AUGGCCGCCAGCCCCGCGCGCACCUCAACCCUCCUCGCCAACCUGGCCGCCGUAACAAAAAGCAUCGCAACCGCAUCAACUCACUCCCCAACACCGACAAAACCAGUCCGCCUCGUCGCCGUCUCUAAACUCAAACCCGCUUCUGACGUCCUCGCCCUGCACAAAUCCCCCGCCGCGCAAUUCCACUUUGGCGAAAACUACCUGCAAGAACUCCUCGAGAAAUCGCGCCUGCUGCCGCCUACUAUUAAAUGGCAUUUCAUUGGUGGAUUGCAAUCGAAUAAAUGCGUCACGCUAGCACGGGAUGUACGCGGGCUUUGGGCCGUCGAGAGCGUGGAUACCGAGAAAAAGGCUACGCUAUUGGAUAAAGGGCGUGGCGAGCGCAAGCCCGAUGCUGAGGAAUUGGAAGCCGAAGCUCAAGCUGCAGAGACGGAUAAAGAUGCCGAUUCCCGGCUGCGUAUCUACGUGCAGGUUAACACCUCUGGCGAGGAGAAUAAAGCGGGUGUCGAGCCCGCGGCGGCACCGGCGUUGGCGAGACACAUUCGUGAGAAAUGUCCCCGGCUUAAAUUGCAGGGUGUCAUGACUAUCGGUGCUAUUGCGCGGUCAAAGGCUACUACUACCGAGAACGAGAAUGAGGAUUUUGUUUGUUUGCGCGAGACGCGGGAUCGGAUCGUUUCUGAGUUGGGGUUAACCGGGGCGGAUGCGGAGUUAGAGUUGAGUAUGGGAAUGAGUCAGGACUUUGAGGGGGCGAUUGCGCUGGGAAGUGAUCAGGUUCGUGUCGGGACGACCAUUUUUGGAGACAGGCCUCCCAAGUCUGAAGCUAGGGUUAUUUGA